UUGCAGUUUACAAUGAUGAGGCCUAUCUUCUGUGGUAAUGUUGAAUAUGAUGCUCGUCAGUCUGAGAUUGAGCGACUUUUCAGCAGAUAUGGAAGGGUUGAUAGGGUAGAUAUGAAGUCAGGAAUGUCUUGGAACACCCAUGGGCUGUGCACCGCCUUUCCUGGCCUGUGCGUGAGUUUAUCUUAUUGUCCUUUUCCGGAGACCCCAUCUGAACCACAAUUUGCAAUGACAUUUCAUUAUUUCGGAAAUGUUUUCCAAGAUACCAUUGCCUCCUAUUCCAUGACUUUUACCCAGCCUCCUUAUCCAAUCAUGUUUUCCAUAUUGAUGUGGCGACUGGCUGGAGAAUGGAUGGAGAAGGCCUCCUCUGUUCCAUGGCCUACAGUUGUUGUUCUGUGACAUCCCUUAGUACAUAAAAAGAUGUCUCUUCCUGAUUAAUCUGGACACUAGCUUUAGCUUUUACUCCAUGGGCAGGCUUUGGUUUGCUUUUGUUUACAUGGAAGAUGAGCGUGAUGCUGAGGAUGCAAUCCGUGGACUUGAUCGGAGAGAGUUUGGAAAACAGGGACGCCGACUUCGUGUUGAGUGGACGAAGCAAGAACGUGGUGGUAGAAGGUCUGUUAGUUCGAGAAGAUCGGCUGCUAAUUCAAGGCCUUCAAAAACAUUGUUUGUUAUAAAUUUUGACCCAAUAAAUACUAGGACGAGGGACUUGGAGAGGCAUUUUGAACCAUAUGGUAAACUCGUGAAUGUUAGAAUCAGAAGAAAUUUUGCCUUCAUCCAAUUCGAGUCACAAGAGGAUGCAACCAAAGCUUUGGAAGCUACGAACAUGAGUAAGUUGGUUGAUCGUGUUAUUACUGUAGAGUAUGCUGUUCGUGAUGAUGAUGAUAAUAAUAAUGAUGAUGGUAGAAGAAAUGGUCACAGCCCUAACCGGAGAGGCAGAGAGUAUUCUUCUCCUGAUAGAAGAGGCCGUGGUCGAUCUGCAAGUCCAUAUGGAAGAGGCUUGGAAAGGGAUAGUCCUGAUUAUGGCCGUGGUCCUAGUCCAUAUAAGCAGCCUGAUCCGAGAAGUCCUAAAAAUGAUAGAGCUGGAAGUCCUGUUUAUGAAAGAUAUCGCAGCCGAUCACGAGGAAGCGAGGAAUGAUAUACGAUAUUGGAUUUUUGGUACCACCAACUAAAGAGGAUUGCACUUUUGAUUCCGAUGCAUUGCUCUCUGCAAGGAAGGAGCCUGUAUGCCAUUUCGUUUAAUGAAUUUAUUUUCUUAUUAAGUUAGUAUUGGAUAGUCUGUUGGUUAUUUAAGUUAUUGGUUUCUUACUGGCCAUUUAGAAACUCAUCCGCUUUGUGACCAUUGUAUUUAAAGACAAGGCCACACUGAUGAGGGAAUAUUUUGAUGUGCCUUUCAGAUUUGUUGAAGUUAUGUAGGUCUAUUAGGUUUGUUGUGAUGACAGAGCUCUUAAUUUUAUCAUAAUUCUAACCUUGCUGGAACUGUUUGCAUUUUUUUCCA